ACAAAAUCGCAACAUCCUGGCUGUCUCCCCCGCGGCCCGGCGUUGGUCUCGCUCUCUCUCCGGAGCCCUCAGGCGGGAGGUGCGUCUGCCCCCCCUCCCCGUGGGAGACCCGACAGAAUGUUGCGAUUUCGUCUUCUCCCUACUAUGGCGGCCUUGGCGGUCACUUCCAGGCGCCAUUUUGGUACCCCUCGUUAUCACCAAAGCCGGCACAGGCUUAUGAUGCUAGCCUUUGCUGGAACAACAGUUCUGACCACGAGCACCGGGCUUCUUUGGAGAAGAGCCCAGGCAGAAGCAUCGCCUUCUGUGAAUCAUGACAUGAACGUGACGGAUGAGAAGAUGAAAAACAGAGAAGUCGCGAAUGAAGGAAGCGAUAAUGUUUCUCAGGCAGAAGGAACGAAGAAAAAACAGCGUUCUGGAUUUCGAGACCGUAAGGUGAUGGAAUAUGAAAACAGGAUUCGUGCUUACUCUACUCCUGAUAAAAUCUUUCGAUACUUUGCCACAUUGAAAAUCAUCAAUGAGCAUGGAGAUUCAGAAGUAUUUAUGACCCCACAAGAUUUUGUGCGAUCUAUAACACCAAAUGAAAAGCAACCAGAAAAUUUAGGUCUUGAUCAAUUUGUGGUGAAACGCUAUGAUGGAAAGAGAAUUUCCCAGGAACGUGAGAAGUUUGCAGAUGAAGACAGCAUCUUUUAUGCCCUUGGAGAAUGUGGCUUGAUUUCCUUUUCUGAUUAUAUCUUCCUCACAACGGUCCUGUCAACUCCUCAGAGAAACUUUGAAAUCGCUUUCAAGAUGUUUGAUCUAAAUGGUGAUGGAGAAGUGGAUAUGGAAGAAUUUGAACAGGUUCAGAGCAUCACUCGUUCUCAGACUAGCAUGGGGAUGCGUCACAGGGACCGUUCAACGACUGGGAAUACGUUGAAGACUGGCUUCAAUUCCGCAUUGACGACAUACUUUUUUGGAGCUGAUUUGAAGGGGAAACUGACCAUCUCCCACUUCUUGGAGUUCCAGCGGAAACUUCAGCAUGACAUUCUCAAACUCGAGUUUGAAAGGCAUGACCCUGUAAAUGGUCGAAUCACAGAACGCCAAUUUGGCAGCAUGCUGCUGGCUUAUAGUGGAGUACAAUCCAAAAAAUUGACAGUGAUGCUGAAGCAACUCAAGAAGCAUUUCCAGGAUGCAGUGGGAUUAACAUUUGAGGAAGUAGAGAACUUCUUUACAUUCCUGAAAAACAUAAAUGACGUUGACACAGCUUUAAGCUUCUACCACAUGGCUGGAGCGUCUCUUGAUAAAGAUACGAUGCAACAAGUAGCCAAGACUGUGGCAAAGGUGGAACUAUCAGACCAUGUAUGUGAUGUUGUGUUUGCUCUUUUUGACUGUGAUGGAAAUGGAGAGCUGAGCAAUAAGGAAUUUGUUGCCAUCAUGAAGCAGAGGCUCAUGAGGGGCUUGGAGAAACCCAAAGACAUGGGCUUCACACGUCUGAUGAGGGCUAUGUGGAAAUGUGCUCAAGAGACCGCUUGGGAUUUUGCCAUGCCCAAGCAAUAACCACCAGAAGACAAGAAAGCCCAGAUGCACCACCGACCUGGCAAGAAUCCUGAAUUCUCUUCCCUUCCUUCCUCUGCCUCGCGGUAGAUGCCCCACGAUGGAAGGUCUUCUUCAGUGGUGGGAUUGUUCUUCUUUAUAGCACUGGAAGACAAACUUUGGGAGCCAAAGACUGUUGAGCCACACAGCUGGCUUCAAAAUAUCUAAGCAGAAAUUUUAAUCCCCUCUGACAUUUAUCUUGACAGUUGGUUUGCUUACCGACCUACAAACAUUUUCCUGUUUUCCAUUAAGUUUUCCUUAUUUUUUUUUCCCUCUGGAAGACCAAACAAAACCUUUUAUUACUUGGAUAUGAACGUUCCAUCUCUAGUAGAAAAUGGCUGAGGAACCACUGUGUAUGCUGUCAGUAGACAGUAUAUGGUUAGCAGAUUGAGUGGAAGCGGUUUGUUGGAUCAAAACAAAAUAGCUUCUUAGACUGAGUCAGCAUUUCCUCUUAUCCAGUACCCCAAAAUUGAUCUGAAGCAUUUGAAAGAUAAGAUGGGGAGGAGGUGGGGUGUUGGGUCAUGAUAAAUGAAUCCCAACGUUCAGAAAUCCUUGCAAAAUGUCCAGAUACAGACUCUUUUCUCAGUUGUCUGUAAGUUUCAAAGCAGAAGGUGGGUGGGGUGUUAAUAUGAAGGAAUUUUUGCCACAGGGCUCAUUCUGCCCAAAAAUUGGCUCUGCGCUAUGUUAUGGAUAAAACUGAAGAAUAUUGAAGAAGAGAAUGCUUCUUGUUUGAUCUUUAUUGUUGUUGCUUUUUUAAAAAAACCUACAAGUUAAACAUAAUGUUCUUCCCAUUUCUCAUUCCAUAAGACUCGUACCUUAGACAUGGACUCUUACCAACAUAUGCAUUUCUGUCUCUAAUUUUUCCCUGGCUUGUGAUCUUACCAUGAUUUGUUUUUAAAGCUGCUUUUUUGGCUGGGAGUUGAAGUCCUCCAGGCUUAAAGUUGCCAAGGUUGGAGACCCCUGUUUUACAGAGCUUUGAGUGCUUGUGAAAUGUUAUUCUUCUUCCAAUUACAACGGAUCCCAAGAAAUCCCUGGAAGAAAAAUAUUUCUGUGGCGUCUUUCUCUACAGGAAAUCCCCUGGAUUUAAACAAGGCUGAUUUUUCUCAAUAAUGCCAUUCAGCUGACCUUCCACCAAAGGAAAAAGGUUGAAUGGAAAAUUUGAUGCAGUUGAUGUCUUUUCUCAACGCAAAAAGAAAGAAAGAAAGAAAAUGAGUUAGAAAGU